AUCGGCGGAGCAGGGCUACCGGAGCGGGGCCACGUCUCAUGGAUGCACGGACUAAACACUAACAAAAACGAGAACAGAAAAGAAAAGACUGAUAUCCAAUGAUGGACGGGUUUGCAGGGGACAUGCUGAGCGGCGGCCGGGCCCUGCUCGGGGAGGACAGCUCAGUCAUGGCUCGCAUGCAGAAGAAGUUCUGGAAGACCAAGCAGGUCCUCAUCAAAGCCACGGGCAAGAAGGAGGACGAGUACGUGGUGGCAUCAGACGCUGACCUGGAUGCCAAACUCGAGUUUUUCCGCUCGGUUCAGUUGACGUGCACGGAGCUGGUGAAGGUGAUCGAGAAGUACCAGCACAGGAUCACACGAUUGUCUCAGGAGGAGAACGAGCUCGGCCUGUUCCUGCGCUUUCAGGGCGAACACGAUCGCACAAAGGCUGGCAACAUGAUGGACGCCACCAGCAAGGCCCUGUGCACCUCCGCCAAGCAGAGGAUGGCACUCUGCCCGCCGCUGCGCCGUUUGCACCAGGAAGUGGAGACGUUCCGGCGGCGCGCCAUCGCCGACACGCUGCUGACUGUCAGCCGCAUGGAGAAGUCCCGCACCGAGUACAGAGGGGCCCUGCUCUGGAUGAAGGAUGUCUCCCAAGAACUGGACCCGGACACCUACAAACAGCUGGAAAAGUUCCGCAAGGUCCAAACCCAGGUCCGAGGGACGAAGAGCCAGUUCGAGAAGCUGAAGAACGACGUUUGUCAGAAGGUCGACAUGCUGGGAGCGAGCCGCUGCAACAUGCUCUCCCACUCCCUCUGUACCUACCAGACCACUCUGCUGCAGUUCUGGGAGAAGACGGCUCACGCCAUGUCGGGAAUCCAAGAGGCCUUCCGAGGACACGUACCGUACCAGUUCACCACACUCAAGGACCUGCGAGACCCACUAGAGGAAUUAACAAACAUGCAGAAACAAGAGUAUAAGAAGGAGAAGCCUCCGCAGAGCAACACGGACAAUCUGGUGUCCUUGGAUGACGACAACAAGCCAUCGGGAAGUUCCUCUGGCGCAGACCCCGCCCACAUCAGUGAUGGACAGAGCCAAAGUGACGGUGCGCGCAAAAACACUAGCACACCUGCUGCAAACCUGCACAACCUCAGAGGACCGUCAGACGACGACCUGAUGCUCAUGGCCUGUGACCUGCCUCGGCCAACUAACGUCCAUCUCCAGCCCCGCCUCCUUCCUCCUCCUCCUCAGGGUGGAGUCUCCCAUGAGCACUGGGGCUUUGGAGACUUGUCACAGCUUCCUGCCUCCGGUGGGGGUCUGCUUUCAGGUGCCGGGACGGGGCUGCGACCGGAGGAGGAAGAUGGCGAACGGGGCGACAUGGCCUUCCUCAAGGACCUCCUCAGCCCGGGCCCGGGGGCCGCCGACGAGUUCAGCAGAGAGUGGCAGGACGCCUUCGGGCUGUUCGACGCUCCCGGCGUUCCUCCACCGAGCACGGGGGCAGCAGGUGGUGAGCCGUCAGAAGGGAGCGGGCCGGCAACAGGUAGCGGGCCGCCAGUUCUUCCAACCUCGAGCCCCCCCAGCCCCACAGGCUUCCUGCCCUCCCACCUGCUGGAUCACAGUAUGAGCUCCACAGGCUGGUCAACCCCGCCCAUGUUCCAGGCUCCGCCCCUGCAGCCUCCACCCGGUCAGAGCCAAUCAGCUCAGCCGGCACCAAGUGCAGCAGGUGGAUCCAAAGACAUGUCUGCCUGGUUCAACCUGUUCGCAGACCUGGACCCCCUCUCCAACCCAGACGCCAUUGGACGCUCCCCGGACGAAUUCCUUAACGCCUAGAGCUCCGUGUUGUGUGUUAGUGUGUGCUUGUGUGUGCGUGUGUGUGUGUGUGUGUGUGCAGCAGUAUAGGAUUGCUCUCGAAGGAUCUGGAUGUCAGAAACCAAGUAAAAGAACACACACUAACAGUGAAAACACACACACGUUACCAGGAGACAUGUGUAUAUAUCCACACAUGCAAAUACAUAUUGUGUUACACUGGAAGAUGUUAUUUUACACUGGGAAAAGGAAAGCGCUCCUGCUGCUUUUGUCAAUGACUGUUAACACUACACAUGGAGCUACUGACUCAGCAAACCUCAUGCGGUUUGUGUUACCUUUUUAGUUAUCGCAGCGAGCGGAGAGAAUGUUUGGGUUACCGCUUUAUUUGGCGUUUGUUUUGUUUUUUUGUUCAUGUUUGCGUUUUUUGGGUGUGUGUCUGUUUGCCUUGUGCACACGUCACAGGGGACCCAGGAUGUAAAAAAAAAAAAGUCUAUUUACUGCUUACUGUUGUUAAAUGAAUGAAGAGCGUACAGUAUAUUUAUAUAUUGUAUAUUGUAUAUGUAUGAGAUGGGAACGGACCCUGAGCCUGUCACUGAGCCUGCAGCAGGGACCGGUAUCACCAAGGAAGUAAAGUGGCUAAUCUAGCUGUGGACUUAAAGGUAUACUGUAGUUUGGAUUUUUUGAAGGAUGGUUGUAAGAGGUACUUAUAUACAGUCAGUGUAUUACUUAUGAUUGAUGACAUUAGUUAAAGUGUACAAUCAGAAUAUUCUUUACCUCUUUACCUAGCUGUUAUCUAUUCUCUCUUCAGAACCACAAGACUCCAUUGACCAAAACACUCAUUUUAUCUCGCAGAACCCUGGAGAUGCUGGUCCACUUCUGCCUUCAUCGGUUUCUUAGUUUGGUUUUUGUGUGACUUUGGCGCUUUAAAGGGUUACUUUGGAUUCAGCAAAGUCUCACAACAACACAAACAAACUCUCCAAUCAGGGCAGCAGUAGUCUAACAGCUCCUGUUUUCUUUUAGUUUAACAUUUAAACUUACAAUGAUUUUUUUUUAGGUGGCUUAAAUACGUUUGGCUGCUGCCCCCGUCCACAACAAGGUAAUACACUGUGUAUGUAUAAGUACCUCAUACAACCCCACUUCAAAACAUCCAAAAAUAUCGCUUUAGCUAAAAAAAUAAUUCUAGUGUCACAAUGCCGAGCCUUUUUUUCAUUUUAAUUUCCCCAUGGUAACCCAUACUGGACAGCUAAGCUGGGCCUGUCGCUGAAGCUGGUUUAGUGGAGAGGAACGUGUCAACAACUCAAUUAGUGAGUACAGAACUGUGACGUGCACAGAAAUUGAGAUUAAGGCGAGACGUACUGAAGAACAGAAACAUUUGUAACAGUAGAAAACGUUUGCCUACCAUGAUGAUUGUGUCUUUUAAUUAAUAACUUCUCCUCUUACACAAAUGAGCUCAUGGGUCCAGUAACCCAGCAUUACUGAUGUUUAGCUUAGUGAAGCCAGUUAAACCUGCUUUGUGAUCCAGACCCCUUCACACACUCUGGAUUUUAAAGACUCAACCCAUUGGAAAAAUAAUGUGACGCCUUUUAUUGAUGUAAAUCAGGAGAUUUACCAGUUUUCUGGUCUAAAGGCAACUGAAGCGGACUCAUGGCAUCACUGCCAGCCUGACCUGGAGUCAGAUUACAGCCACAGUGGAAAUUGACACCGUCCAGACUCCGUGGCUUUUGUGACACCGACAGCUUCAUUAUGUUUAUUGGGGCCCCUUCAUCCCAGAUUCUACUGGCUCCGAAUGUACUGUGGGUAAAAUAAUACCCGUUUGAAAUCAUUUUCACUCCCAUCUGUCCUUCAGAUUUCACAAUCCCGUCCCAAGCCAAGAAAAAUGUGUGAAGGAUAAAAAUAUUUUGUAGUCAUAUUCACUUGGAAGAAUAUUUAAAGUAGGACAAAGGAUUGUAUAAUUCUGGGUUGGGUGGGUUAUUUAAGCAAAUAACAGCACCUAAACUGCAUCAAAAUGUAUUUAUUUUCAGAUUAUAUAAUGGUUUGUUUUUUUGAGAAACUAAAGUAACACUAUAAAAACAAAAUACUGCAUUUUUUUAACUCUGUGUUGUGUAUUUUCAGAAUUGACAGAAGGAUUUUUGAAAUCUGUUAUUGUUUUGUGGGGAAAGAAUCAACACUGGAGAACUGUUACCAUGUCGACAAAUAGAUUUCUGAUUUACCUGAUGUGGAUUUAAUUUGUAUGUUUGAAGGAAAAGACCAACACUUUUUGAAUGUUUCCAAAUUGGGUUUUAGUGAACGGCUGCAAAAUGAAGAUGCAGAGUUUCUAAAAUCAUAUUAUUAUGGAUAAUAUAACUAAGUUGUUGAGAUGUGAAUAUCACGUCCACAUGCACCGAGACCAAAUCCUCAGUUUCAGUUGUGUGCCUGUGUAAAGCUCACUUAAUGGAGCAAAGGUGAUCGGAGUGCAUCAUGGGAAAGAAAUCAGCUCUGAAAAACACUUUUAAUGCAAGCUGCAUAUUACUAUCUGCUUUUUGGGGGAGUUUCGACCCCUACUACACUGUAAAGUUUUAUUUUCUUUGAAUGGGACAUGACUGUAUGAGUGUUUCUGUCACAUCAUGUAUUAUACUGUUUACUCUUGAUUUACACACUUCAAAAAAAAAAAAAAAAAAAAAAAAAGAAUGUAUUUCUCAAGUCAAUCACAAAUGCUUUAUUUAAUUCAACUAUGCCUUUUUAUUUCACUCGAGGGGUUUAACAGAUGAAAACUUGGCAGUUCUGUUUCCAAUAAACUGGACAAGCAAACAAGGAAUCAUUGUGUUGAGAAUUUCUCCUGUUGAGCCUCGUUCCAAAAAAAUGCAGUUUUUAUCCACUUUAAGAAAAAAAAAAGUUGAAAUAAAUCUGUAUUUCCACGUGUAUGAAUCUGCUCUUUUAAACUUUUUUUAUUUUUGUAAACAGACGUCUUGAAAAACAAAACCGACAAAUCGGACCGCGUCGCUGUGGGUGUGAUUGUUUCAUCAGCAAGUGGAUAUCUCAUUUUGGAACAGACUCUCCAUUUCUUCACUCGUUUCGUUGGAGAAACGCCAACUCAGGUCACAGAAUAAAUAAAUUAACAUCCACACUUCUCUCUACUCUCUACUCUGCUACAGGUUUACAUCACCCAGCAUUCCCGUCGAGUGAGGCUACAUGGAUAGCAGCUGUUGGUUUGGCUCCCUUCGUAGUAGCGUAGACUUGUUAGUGUACGCUGAGAAGUUAGUACACCAUUUUUUUCUUCUUUUUCUUUUUUUUUUUUUUAAGUGUACCCUAAUUACUACAACCUGAGAUGGACGAUGUUAUCUAUAUUCUUGGUUAAAAUUCUCUGGAGACCCAAAUUACACUCCCAAUAAAUAAAUACAUUAUUCACAAUAAUGAGACAUGUAGUAAUUCACAGUACUGAGCGGAGGAAAAAAGCAGGAGGGGGAGUAAUAUGGUACAAUUGUUGCCUCAUUCGGAUACAUAUCUUUGUCAGCCAAUAAUACAAACACAAGUGCGCCUCGUUAUUUACAGAUCCAGUACAUUCCUAUACCCGCCGCAGCGGGCGCAGUCGAGUAGUGAUGACAUUUACAUGGGGGUGGGGGGCCGGAACGCGGAGAGGCCGUUAACAGACCGACUACAGCGGGAGUCAUGUGAUCCAUCACAAUGCAGUUAUGUCAUUUUUAGUUCAGUAUUUCAAUUCAAUAGAUGUUUCUUGCUUUUUUUAAACUAGGAAGAGAAUAUGCAAAGGAAUGUGCGUUUAUAUCCGUUAUUGGACACGUAGGAGUUGGUUCAAGGAGAUAUUAAAUCAGUUCAGAAAAAAGAGGAUGCAACAACAUGACGUGAUUCAAAGAGCUCCCGUCACACCUCAAAUUAACCAAAACAACGAGCAGAAAGACGCUAACAUGCAGAAACUGCAGUCGGAUGAAAAUUCUCUGUGUGACCAACAUCUUUCACGUCACACAAAGUCAAUUGAUUAAAUGUUCGGAUUGAAUACUGACAAGUGCAGCUUUAGGGUUAUGAGAAAUACUUUGAUUUAAACCAGAUUUGCAUGGUCUUUAAGGUCGGUGACUUCGGUCUGUGGUGUAUUUGGGUUCAGCGACCUCUCUGCGCUCAGGGCCCCUCAGGAGGGGAGCCUGUCCUGUGAGGCCGAGGCCCCCCCCCGUCUUGACACAUUUCAAGACACUAGCUGAGCAAAACAGAAAAAAAGAGCAUUACAGUGACCGCAAGGGAAAGAAAAGGAGAGUGAGAGAUGGCAAAAAAAAAGGGAGGAACAGAAGGGUGGUGGGGUUGGUCGUGAUGGACGUGGAGUAAACGGGGGACGUCUUUUGAGAGAAGGCUGGCGCUAGGGAAGGAGGGGGGGCGGGCGGAAACAGGUGGAACACGCUGCACACACGCCAUAGCCCUGGCCCGCGUUUCCCAUAGAUACACACACAUACACACAUGGGGUCGGCAGGCGGUUGAAACCAGCAAGCUGCUAACAGCUCGCGCGACUGAGGCAUCGGCUUGUACCAGGAAAUGGCUGACAAAAGUACAAAACGGAUGUCUGGAUUUAGGUCACAGGUGGUCUAAGUGUGGAUUGUUUCUUUGGACCACCUCACUUCCCUGCCUUUUCCGUAUGUAUCUAUGGCCGCCGUCGUCGUGCCAACAUCAUGCGCGUCGUGCUAGAGGAACGAACAUGGUCGGAGCGCUACGCCGGUUUUAGCGAAACUGAGCGGUCUGAAAAAUAAUCAGGCACAUUUUUUUUCACCCCAACUUCC